GGCCAACCCCGGGGUGUGGGACGGAGAGUGCGUGCCUGUGGGUGUGUGUCUGCAAGGGAAGGAAGGUGGCGAAGGGAGGAGAGUCCGGGUGGAGGGAGGGAGGGGAAGGGCGGGAGAGAAAAAGGUGGGAGGAGAGCCAGGUGGGAGGGUGGCGACUCACUCAGGACCCAGUGAGGGCAGCGCGAUGAGGCGGGUGACCCUGUUCCUUAACGGCAGCCCCAAGAAUGGAAAGGUGGUCGCUGUCUAUGGAACUUUAUCUGAUUUGCUUUCUGUGGCCAGCAAUAAACUCGGCAUAAAAGCCACCAGUGUGUAUAAUGGGAAAGGUGGACUGAUUGAUGACAUUGCUUUAAUCAGGGAUGAUGAUGUUUUGUUUGUGUGUGAAGGAGAACCGUUUAUUGAUCCUCAGACAGAUUCUAAACCACCUGAAGGAUUGUCAGGAGCCCACACAGACUGGCUGACGUUAAACGUUGGAGGGCGGUACUUUACAACGACACGGAGCACUUUAGUGAACAAAGAGCCCGACAGUAUGCUGGCCCACAUGUUCAAGGACAGAGGCGUCUGGGGAAAUAAGCAAGAUCAUAGAGGAGCCUUCUUAAUUGACCGAAGUCCUGAGUACUUUGAACCCAUUUUGAACUACCUGCGUCACGGACAGCUCAUCGUAAAUGAUGGUAUUAAUUUGUUGGGUGUGUUAGAAGAAGCCAGGUUUUUUGGGAUCGACUCACUGAUUGAACACCUAGAAGUAGCGAUAAAGAAUUCUCAACCACCAGAAGAUCAUUCACCAAUAUCUCGGAAGGAAUUUGUCCGAUUUCUGCUAGCCACUCCAACCAAAUCAGAACUGCGUUGCCAGGGCUUAAACUUCAGUGGUGCUGAUCUUUCUCGUUUGGACCUUCGAUACAUUAACUUCAAAAUGGCCAAUUUAAGCCGCUGCAAUCUUGCCCACGCUAAUCUCUGCUGUGCCAAUCUUGAACGAGCUGAUCUCUCUGGAUCUGUGCUUGACUGUGCCAAUCUCCAGGGAGUCAAGAUGCUCUGUUCUAAUGCAGAGGGAGCAUCCCUGAAACUGUGCAAUUUUGAAGAUCCCUCUGGUCUCAAAGCCAAUUUAGAAGGUGCUAAUCUGAAAGGUGUGGAUAUGGAAGGAAGUCAAAUGACAGGAAUUAACCUGAGAGUUGCUACCUUGAAAAAUGCGAAGUUGAAGAACUGUAACCUCAGAGGAGCGACUCUGGCAGGAACUGACUUAGAGAAUUGUGACCUGUCUGGGUGUGACCUUCAAGAAGCCAACCUGAGGGGUUCCAACGUGAAGGGCGCCAUCUUUGAAGAGAUGCUGACCCCACUACACAUGUCACAGAGCGUCAGAUGAGACUUAGGGCUGGAGGAAGACGCUCACGGUGAAAAACGUGUUCCUUACCACUUUUCUUUCUCCACCCACUCAGUUGUCUAGAAGAAAUAACACUGUGAGGGAAUAAAAAAAAAAAAACAUUUAGAGGAUUACGCUUGUUCUCAGCGGUGCAUAAGGGGGAAGAAGUCACUUUCCCCCCCACAUUCUGAUUUUAACAGAGAAGCACUCAUUUAACUGAUGUAGGGAAGCUAGAUUAGCGUGCUGCCUUUUGAGUGGAGUAGGGGGAUUUGCCUGGCUUUGGGACCAGGAAUAUAGUAUCUCUUUUAUUUGCUUUUACAUAGGCAUGCUGUGGAAAUACCAUCCUGGUUUGAGACGCAUUUGAGGAUUUUAAUUUAUGAAAAGCACAACAUAUGCAAUUAUAUUUAUUGACUCUCUAGAUGCAGUAUGGAUAUUUAAAUUGUUAAACUUUAUGAAAAUUUUGAAAAGGUCGUUCAGGUUUACAAAUAGCUUUAGUGACGCCUCCCGUACUUUAAAUACCUGCCACGCCAUGUGCAUAUGGUGAGAUCAGACUCCCCAAGGCUCUCUUUUCAGGUUAGUUUUUUUUUUAAAGAACAAAACAGUAGCUAAAUUAAAGAAAUCCUCUGUUACUGAUUGAGACAGAGUGGAAGGAAAGACAUCAUUAUACAUCACUGUCAGCUGAAGUUACAGUGGACCUCUCCGGAUGGAGGAAGGAUUUACCUGUAGCUGCAGCUUUUCAAUGCACAUUCUUGAGGAUUUCAUUCUAAGCAAGUUCCACUACCAGACCAGGCAAUUUUAUCAACUUACACUACUGGCUAGUUUCCUCCUGAACAGUCAAAACAAGCGUAGGAAGAUAGUUGAAAACCAAAAAGCCAAGGUGCGUGAAUAACAUUCAUUUAUAGUUGAAACGGGGCCAGCCUGGACGUAGGUAUCAAAUCCCAAUCCACUGCAGUCAAAGCUAUAAAAUGUGAAUGACCAUGGCAAAUCCAUCUUUCAGGAGUCAACAUACUAGAGUUGUAGCUCAAACUCUACAAUGGAGAACGAGGGCUUCUAAACUGACAGUUGCAUUACAGUUAUCAAAAAACUUAAAGGCAUUGGGCUGGUCCAAGAUGUAAAACCAAUCAUUCAGCGCCUGUGGUUCUUACAUUUCUGAUUUAAGCGAAUUUUAGCCUGGUUUUCUUGCAUCAUCAUCUCUGCAGAAGCAGGGUUAGGGCCUGCGUUUACUCGUGACCUGUGUCCCUAUGUCUACCACAAGAGCAGGGAUGUAAGCUGUGUCCAAAUGGGUUCUGAAUUCUACAGACUUACCAGUUUGAGGCAAGGAAUUGUUAAAAACCACUUCGUCUCCUUUGGGAGAACGACAUGUCUUCAAUAUUUACGUAGCUUAUCCUAUACAUACAUAUGCAACGCUUUCCUGAACAGUAAAGGGUACGUGUGCAGAGCGGGAGGGCAGCAGACCUUUACAGGUGAAGGAAAGCAACUUCAGAAAUGAAUUAUUUUCUUUGCUUUAUCAUUUUUACCAAGACAGAGAAGAAUUGUAUUGAGAGAGAUCUAUUUUCAUAAUCAAUAUGUGCCUAAAUUAUAUUUAAAUCAUUUCACUCUGUACUAUAUUUUCAAUAAUUAUAUAAUGUGUUGUCCAUCCACUUAAGGGUACCUCUGUAGACAUAACCUAAAACUGCAGACGAAUCUGAAGGAUCCAAACACGGUAUGCUUAGAAAAUGCAGAUUUUGGAUCUAAUGUGUACUGCAUUAAUAAAUGAUGUGAAAUGUUGAAAA